CCGGCUGUCAUCAUUGCGGAGAAAGCCCCUCCCCGCCUCGGUCCUAAGUCGCCAGGCCCCUGGCCACGGCUGCCUGGCGACCCGGGAGUAUGGGGAUUCUCCUCCCGGGGCCGCCGGGACUCCCGUGGCAGCUUGGGCUCCUGUUGCAGCUCCUGGUUGUGCUGUCCCCGGCCGGCUCGGCCCUGCGGCUCCUCGACACCCCGGAGCCAGUCUGCUCGCAGCCGGGGCUAAACUGUAUUGUCAAGAAAAGUACCUGCCUGGCUAAGAGUUGGCUCGACCCUCUCAACAGGACACCCUCUGGCCCAAGAGAUGUCAACGUCUCCUUGGGCUUUGAACACAGCAAAAAUGGAUACCCGAUUCCUGUGAUGCACAUUGAAUGGAAAGUGCGAACAGAUGGCAGCAUCCUGUUUCUUCAGGGCGCUCAGAUUUCAGUGCUACAAAUGAGCACCAACGAGCACUUGUGUGUUGAUUUUAUGUUUCUGAACCAACUCGAGCAGCAGCUGGCACCGGAUUUUAAUAGGUGGCAUUUCGCCUUCAAUAACUUUGUGGUGGAGCCUGGUCAAGAAUAUGAGAUAACAGUGCAUCACCUGCCCAAACCAAUGCCUAUUGGAGAUCCAAACCAUGAGUCUGAGUUUUUCCGGGUGCCUGACUGCAGGGACCCCAAAAUGAGAAUGACUGCCACCUGUGUGAGCUCAGGAAGCCUGUGGGAGCCUGGCAUCACAGGAGAAAGGCUAACGAACAACUCCCUGCUUGUGAGUUUUAACCUGUGGAGUGAAUCAACCACUUAUAAGAUCCUCGUGAAUGGUUUUCCAGACACAGAGACCAGCAGCUGUUAUGAAGACCUUCAGUUCAUUACCCAGCCUACACAAGAAGAUUUCCACCAUCGGAUAAAUGUUACAUUCCCCUUGCAAAAUGUGAAUACCUGCUGCCAGUACAGUAUACAGAUCCAGCCAUUCUUUCAGAGUUGCCAUAAUGACUGCCUUAGACACGCACUGUCCAUCCCUUGCCCAGUGCUACCAUCGCCAACACCCACCUGCGCUCCAGAUGAUGUGUCACUGUGGAUUUAUUGGUUUAUCACUGGCAUAUGUAUCCUGCUGGUGGGCUCUGUCAUACUCCUGGCCAUUUGCAUGACUCAGAGGAAGCCUGAGUUUUCCUCUGAUAAACCUGAAAACGACACCAAAUACCCUGAUAUUGCACCCGUGGACAACCAGAUUCCUCCACCCUUAAAGCCCCGGAAAGUCUGGAUCAUUUACUCAGCUGAUCACCCCCUCUAUGUAGAUGUGGUAGUCAAGUUUGCCCAGUUCCUCAUCACUGUCUGUGGUACUGAAGUGGCCCUGGACCUGCUAGAGGAGAAGUUGAUCUCAGAGGUGGGAGUCAUGGCUUGGGUGAGUCGACAGAAGCAAGAAAUGGAGGAGAGCAAUUCCAAGAUCCUCAUCCUGUGUUCCCGAGGUACCAGAGCCAAGUGGCAGGCAAUCCUUGGCUGGGAAGAGCCUGCUGUUCAGCUCCGGUAUGACAAGUGGAAACCUGCGGGGGAUCUAUUCACAGCUGCCAUGAAUGUGAUCCUUCCAGACUUCAAGAAGCCAGCCUGCUUUGGCAUGUACGUGGUCUGCUACUUUGACGGCAUCAGUGAUGAGGCUGAUAUCCCUGACCUAUUCAACAUCACCUCUAAAUACACACUGAUGGAGAAGUUUGAGGAAGUUUAUUUCCGUAUCCAGGAACUAGAGAUGUUUGAGCCAGGUCGAGUGCACCGGGUUAGGGAGAUCACUGCUGAAAACUAUCUCCAAAGCCCCAGUGGCUGGCAGCUCAAGGAAGCAGUACAGAGAUUCCAGGAAUUUCAGGUCAAAUGCCCCAACUGGUUUGAACAGGAGAAUCUCUGUUUAGAAGAUGAAGACAACUUGUCAUUGCUGAGUGGAGAGAUGAUUGAAGAGUCACCAUUACCACCAGGAGGGAGAAUAGUGAAACAGGUGCCUCUGGUACAGGAGCCUUCUCCUGGGGAGCUUUUGGUGGUGGACCUCUUCAUUAAUGAGGAAGAAGGGGUCUCUAGACUAGACACUCAGUUUCUGUCCCAAGGGGCUACCGUCACCCACCAAACAGUCAUCCCCAUAGAAGAAGCCCAACUGACUUCUGUAGUGGAGCCCUUACAUAGGAAUGGUGAUAGUAAAGCCAGGAGACAGACAGUGGUAGGUGAAGAUGACAUGGAAUGUGUCCCACUGAUGGAGACCAGUGUUCCCCAUCGAAAUAGCAUAUUCCUCCUCCCCAUGGACUCUGAAGCUUCCCCUCUCUCCAGUACUCCAGUUCCUUCCCCCAACUGCCUCCCAGCUCCAGUGAGAGAACAGCUAGAGGGCUUAAUGUACUCCCUCUUCCAGCAGAGUCUAAGCAACCCAGGUGAGGAAGAAUGGGAAAGACAGCAGCUGGUCUUCAAUGACCCUUAUACACCCUAUGAGGAAGAACAGAGGCAGUCAGUGGAGUCUGAUCAGGGCUACAUCUCCAGGAGCUCCCCACAGCCUCCUGAUGGGUUUAUGGAAAAGGAGGAGGAGGAGGAGGAGGAGGAGGAAAAGGAAGAGCAGGAUGCAGAGAUAUCUACAGAGUUUCUCUCUCCCAGUGUUUUGGAGAAUCUGAAGAGCCUUCAACAGCAACUGUUAUUCCAGGAGAUACAACAGAGCUCUAACUGGGGCUAUCUAGAUGGAAGGAGAUUAUCUACAGAAUUGCAGCCAUCCUAUUAAGUGUGUUAUAGGUCUGCGUCAUCAAAGACAGUGAGAAAGAGAAUGCAUACCUAUAAUUCUAUCUUGAUUCUAAUGAUGAGAAUCUCAGGAAUAAAUUUUUCUCUCUUGCAAA